AGUCACAGUUGGAGCCUCUCCGAAGAUGGGGCAGUGACUCCUGGGCCCUUAGACUACACGCGCACUGCCAUCCCCAUCUUCCCACUGGAUGGGGGUCUCCUUUCGCAUCCGGGGCAGACAUCUCUUCCCUAGAGAGACGGGCGUUGUGCUGGGAGCUGAAGAUUUAGAGGUGAACAAGAUGUGGAGCCUGCCCUUCUGGAGCCCACAGUCAGACUGGAUGUCCAGCAAGGUGGCCAUUGGCAGUGACAUUGGACAGGCCCGCCGGGCGGUGGAGCAACUAAGGAUGGAGGCAGGCAUCGACCGUGUGAAGGUAUCCAAGGCAGCCACUGACCUACUACAGUUCUGCACGGAGCAGGCCAAGAGUGACCCCUUCCUCGUGGGCAUUCCAGCUGCCACCAACCCCUUCAAGGAGAAGAAGCCCUGUGCCAUCCUGUGACCCCAUAAUUCCACCCCACAGCCCUGGCAACCCAGGGAGCCUCAAUAAACAUGAAGUGAUUGCUU